AACAGGAACCAAGGCUCACUUGUUGAGGUACAUGUGCCGGAACGCUCGGUGCUCGUCGUAGAAGACGAGGAAAACCUCCUCGAAGCCCUGAGGUACAACCUGGAACGGGAAGGCUACCAGGUCCACACUGCCACCGAUGGCGGCGAAGGUCUUGAACUCGCCCGCAAGAUCAAUCCCUCACUGAUACUGUUGGAUAUUAUGCUCCCCACCCUGGACGGAUUCGAGAUUUGCCGGAUUCUGCGCCGGGAGUCGGAGGUCCCAAUCCUGUUGCUGACAGCCAAGGGGGAAGAGGUCGACCGUGUGGUUGGCUUGGAAUUGGGAGCCGACGAUUACAUUACAAAGCCCUUCAGUAUCCGGGAACUGAUAGCUCGAGUUCGUAAUACCCUUCGACGAACCAGGUACCUGGAAGAAAGCCAUACCGGCGAAAACGAGGAACAGCACUUCUGGACCGGCAGCCUGGAAAUAGACCUGAACAGCCACGAAGCCCGCCUGGCCGGGGAACCACUCAGUCUGAAGCCCAAGGAAUUCGACCUGCUGGCUUUGCUGGUGGCCAACAAGGGUCGGGCUUUCACCCGUGAUCAGAUACUUGAACGCGUCUGGGGCUACGACUACAUCGGCCAGACCCGCACUGUGGACGUUUAUAUUAGCUGGCUCCGUGAAAAACUCCAGGCAGACCCAACUACGGCCAGCAGUAUAGUUACUAUCAGAGGAGUAGGCUACCGGCUGGACGGAUGA